GCAACACAACUGUCAUUGAUUUUCAAGUGUAACUUUUUUUGCACUCGUUCAAUAUUAUUCAAAUUUAAAACAACUUCACGAGUAACGUAAUACUAUUCGAAAUCUUUUUUUCUAAGUCAGUCAUCGUUACUAUUGAUAUUGAAGGUCCUAUUAGUUAACGACUCGUAUCACUAUAUCUACAAAGCUUUUAAACUUAACACUCGUUUAAAUAAGCGUCAGUAUACGUUAAACAGCCCUCGGAGUCUGACGACUUUAAGUUAAAUAUUCCAAAAUGAUAAUCUCAACCUUUGUUACGUGUUUAAUAUUAAUUGUAUUUCCAAAUGAAGCCGGAAGGAUUUUGGCAGUGUUUCCUACUCCGUCAAUCAGUCAUCAAGUAGUGUUUCGACCUUUAUUGCACGAACUAGCCAAGAGAGGUCAUGAAGUUACACUCAUCACAACAGAUCCUGUAUUCCCGAAAGGAGGAGCACCGAGCAAUCUAACAGAAAUAGAUGUUCACGAUAUUUCUUACGACCUGUGGAACAAAAUAUUCAUGGCUGGAACGCAAGGAAGCAAAGAUGAUGUGGUUCAUGUAAUGGAUGUAAUCUAUAAAACAAUCGCUGCAAUAGUCGAAGCACAGUUUAAUGACGAUGGUGUGCAAAAAAUUAUCAAAGAUAAGAGUAAAAAGUUUGAUCUGAUCUUCUUAGAAGCUUAUGUACGGCCAGCACUAGCGUAUUCUCAUAUUUACAAAGCGCCAGUGAUUCUAAUGAGUUCCUUUGGAGGUGUAUUUGGUAACUAUCAGACUUUGGGAGCUUCGGAGCAUCCGAUUCUUCAUCCUGUCCCACCGCGUCAGAGACUUCACAAUCUUAGUAAAUGGGAGAAAAUUAAGGAAUUGUAUAAUUAUUAUCGGGUAAUCAGAGUAUUUGAACAACUUGAAGACUCCGAGAAUGCGAUGAUAAAAAAGAAUUUUGGUGAAGACACUCCUGCACUCAGUGAAUUAAACAAUAAUGUGGACAUGCUGUUCAUUAAUAUACACCCAGUGUUUGAAGGGAUUAGGCCCGUGCCUCCAUCAGUAGUGUAUAUGGGUGGGUUGCAUCAGAAACCAGAAAAGGAAUUGCCAGCUGACCUCAAAAAGUAUUUAGAUUCCUCGAAAAAUGGAGUCAUAUACAUAAGCUUUGGAACAAACGUAGAUCCAACAGUUCUACCAGCUGAUAGGAUAGAAGUUCUAGUCAAAACAGUAUCUCAAUUGCCUUACGAUAUUUUAUGGAAAUGGAACAAUGAUGUACUGCCUGGACGAACUGAAAAUAUAAAGAUCUCUAAAUGGCUGCCACAGUCAGACCUUCUUAGGCAUCCUAAAAUCAAGCUGUUUGUCACACAAGGAGGUCUGCAAUCGACAGAUGAAGCUGUAGCAGCAGGCGUACCUCUGAUUGUCAUGCCAAUGUUCGGAGACCAAUUCUUCAAUGCUGAGCAAUACGAGUUCCAUAAGAUAGGCAUUAAGCUUAUCCUUGAUACUCUUACUAUUGAUAAAUUUAAUAAUACCAUCUACACUGUUAUUGACGAUCAAAGCUAUCGUCGGAAUGUAGAAAAAUUACGGAGUAUUGUUAACGACCAGCCGAUGACAUCUUUGGAGCGUGGUGUAUGGUGGACGGAGCACGUGCUGCGUCACGGCGGCGCGCGACAUCUGCGCUCUCCCGCCGCCAACAUGUCGUGGGCAGAAUAUUUAGAACUAGAACUAGUGUUCACUGUUCUCUUUUUCUUAUUAUUAAUUUUGACAACACUUGCAUUGAUUCUUCGUUAUCUGUAUAAAAAUGUCUAUGUACAUUUUGUAGCAUCGCGUAAAAUCAAAACCAACUGAUGUUUCAUUGUUAUAAACUAAUUUUGUUGAAGAAUUAAAUGCCAAUGAGGCAAUUUUUGUAUUUUUAUGAAUAAAUUGUUGAAUGAUUA